AUGCGAUUCUUCAACAUCAUCUUGGCCUCUUUGGUCUCUGUCGCAACAGCUCUUUCAUCCUUUGACACUUGGGCUCACGGACGUGUUGCUUUGAACGACGUCAGUAUUCAUUUCAGAUAUGCUGGCUCUGGUCCUCCACUUCUUCUCGUCCAUGGAAAUCCUCAACACAGCCUGACAUGGCAGUUCAUCGGUCCCAUACUCGCCCGGAACUACACUGUGAUCGCACCUGAUAACCGUGGAGCUGGCGACUCAAGCAUUCCUCCCGACGGAGACUACACUGCAGCUGCCUCAGCCGAGGAUCUCAAAGGUGUGCUGGACUUCUUGAACAUCACGUCAGCAUAUGUCUUUGCUCAUGAUAAGGGAGUUGGUAUGGCUACGGCUCUAGCCAUCAAGCACCCUGAAGUAGUCAAGAGACUGGCAUUGGCUGAGUACCCUCUUCCCGGAUUUGGAUAUGAGCAAUCUGCAAACCCAGCUGCUUACUGGGACCUCUACCAGAACUGGCAACUGGCAUUCUUCCAAGUCACUGACCUCGCCGAGUUUCUCAUGUCGGGUAAAGAGAAGCAAUUCCUCCAAUGGUAUUUCUACCACGGCAGUUACUCCGGAGUCGAGAGUUUCAGUGAAGAGACUGUCAACAGAUACACGAGCAGCAUCUCCAAGCCUGGAUUCCUGAGAGCCAUGCUGGGACCCUUCUCUGCUACGACUGUCUCCAAGGAUGCCGAGUUCUUCAAGACUUCCCUGAAUGAAACCAAGUUGAGCGUUCCACUUCUUGGAAUGGGUGGUGAGGCAAGUCUAGGACUAAAAUCUCUUCUUCAAGACUCAUUUGAGCCCAUCUCUACGAAUGUCGAGGUUGAUGUUAUUCCCAAAGCUGGGCACUGGAUUGCGGACGAGAACCCCAAGUGGACGGCCAAGCGUGUCGCCAAGUUCUUCCAAGCUGAUGACCAGAGUCCCAAGGCGGCUGAUCUGGCUUAUUUAGAUGACAUGGUAACUCUGGAUGUUGGAUAUUUUGGUACGAGAAGGAACUUGAAACUCGGAUCUCAGUGA